GAACAUGGCGGAGCGCGCGCGCUCGAGCGACGGACGGAUAGAGGAUGGACAGACGGCAGACGUUGAAGGAGCUGGCGCCGGCCGUCGGGCUCGGGGCUGGGCCGGUGGAUGAGGACGCAAUUAGGCGCCCAUUUGCGCCCGAUUUGGCGCAGUGUGUGAGAAGGACUCGGAAAUUGUCGUCGCUGUCGGAGUCUUCUUCUUCUUCGCUCUUGUGCGCAUGUCGGUCGGUCGGUCGGGCUGUCUGGCUGGCUGGCUGGCUGGCUGGCUGUCCGCAGGGGAGCUGGAUCGAUCGCAGAGAUGGCGGUUGAUUAGCAGUUGCGCGGGAGGAUUACGAGGGGGAGAAUCGGGGGCAUGGUGAAUGCCGAGGAGGAGGAGACGAGGCAGUGCGUGAAUGCGCCAUGAUGCCGGCGGAGGAGGGCGGGGAGGGCGGCAAGACAUGGAGGGAUCGAGGAGGCAGUGGUGGAAGGGCGUGGAAGAAGGACGAGGAUGAGGAGGCGAGUACGGCAAGAGUGGACGGGAGGGUGGUGUGAUUUGUGGCGGGCGAAUGGAAAGAUUGGCUGCUCAUGGUUCGUGUGGGCGCAAUUUGGGAGCGGCGUCGCUGUAGCGGAGCGAGGGUGAGAGAGAUGCCGAUGCCGGGCGACGGGAGAAUUUUUAUCGCGCCGCAGAGCCGGAGCGCGUGUUGAUGGUGGGUGCAAUUCUUUUCGAGGACCUGAGGCUGCAGCGGCCUGGGAUCGUCUUCGCUGCUGGCGGCGGAGGAGGGUGAGGUUUGACUUUGUUGUUUCCUGUCUCGGUUUGUUGGAAGUUUGGAUCCUGUUACGGGCCAAGUGUCGUCGAUCUGGUCCCGCGAAUGUUGCGCCGUCUGGAUUUGAUGUGAGAGGCACAAGGAAACAGCGGCAGUUUUGUAGAGCACGGCGUGAGCGCUGUGUGAAUUGGAAGAGAUGGCUGGACACGCACCCGGAUCGGAGCCCGUGGGGGACGAGAACGUGGAUAUCGAGUCAGUUUCUCCAACGCGAGUCGUUUCCCCAGCAGCGACGGGAGUGAAGAAAAUGAGAGGAAGCAUCGAAAGAAAGGACGGGGAGCUACAUAUUGGUUGCUACCGAUCGCGUCCGAAGAUUUUUGCGAGCAAGCCUGCAAGACAACCUCGAACCGCUACGGCUAAGAAACAGAAAACUUCCAUAGAUGACCCUCGAAACUGGGCAAUUGUGGUUUAUAAACCCCCUCCAUUUCCCUUGAGUACGCCAAAGGCUGUCCAAGAAGGCAAAGCGCGAAAGAGAUUACCCAAGCCAUAUGCUGUGAGAGACGCAAUACCAGGUAUGCGAAUUCGUGGAUGUAGAGCUGCUCCAGUGCCCGAAAGACCUGCAGCUGCGUUGGAGAAGUUGCAGAAGCGCACCGAUCCUGUCACAGUUCUGUCUGAUUCUGAGUCUGAGCGGGAUGAAGCAGAGGCCAGGCGUACUCUGGCUAAGAAGGUACAAGCGGAAUUGUCUGUCGUUCGUGUAGCAGCUAGUGCUGGGCGUUUUGGAGGAGCUGGUCCUGGGCGGUUUGAGGCUUCCACCUCUAAGUCUGCAGAGAAGAAGAAACAAGUCAUGAAGAGGAGCCAGAGUAACAACACACAGGAUGAGCAACAUAAGUAUUCAUCUACGGAUCCUCGAACUCGGGUCAAAGAAGUGUUGGAAAAAUUCGACAAUCUUCGGCGGCAUUUCCUCCGGGAAGAAGAACACCAUGGAAAGAGCGUGGAAAAGGGUACAUCUAAGAGAGCUGAUCUCAGAGCUUCUAGUAUUCUGAUGGAUAAGGGAUACAGGGUGAAUGGUAUGGAGAGCAUUUUGGGAGAAGUACCUGGUGUGAAAGUCGGGGAUCACUUCUACUAUCGAAUGGAACUUUUGAUAAUAUCUCUUCAUAGGCAAUCACAAGGAGGAAUUGAUUUUAUCCCGGCAAGCAAAAGCACCAUCCUCGACAAACGCGGUAAUCCCCUUGCAGUAGCGGUUAGUGUCAUUGCCUCGGGAGGUUACGAGGAUGAUCAUGACGAAGGUGAAACUCUGAUCUACACUGGUCAAGGUGGCAACAACUACAAAGGUGACAAGAGAAAUGUGACAGAUCAGGAGCUGGUUAGGGGAAAUUUAGCUUUGAAAAAUUGUUGUGAUCUAGGUCUUGCUGUUCGUGUGAUACGAGGGAGCGAGGUGAAGAAAACAGGAAGUGCCUCGAGCCCAUCUGGGAAAAUUUAUUAUUAUGAUGGCUUGUAUGACGUCAAAGAAUGCUACCAAGAGACGGGGUCUGCCGGCUACAAAGUCUGGAAGUAUAAGCUUGUCCGCAGGCCUGGCCAGGGACCUCUGUCAACUGACAUGGGAUUAUCAAAUCGAGUUUCCAGCCUUCCUCCAAUUUUGGCAACACGCGGUGAGAAAGUGCUCAUGGAGGACAUCUCUCUGGGAAAAGAGUCGGUGAAGGUGCGUGUUGUAGGCAGGGAGGGUGUGGAGUUGCCCGAGAAGUUUCAAUACAUGGUGAAAAUGAAGUACCCUGUGGGUGUAAAACUCCAGCCCGCCAAAGUUUGCUCCUGCACAAGCUUGUGCUGGGACAAGUGCUUCUGUCUGAAGUGGAAUCAUGGCGAACCUCCUUACAACGAGAGCGGCUCUCUUGUUAGAGGCAAGAAAGCUAUCUUCGAGUGCGGUCCCAAGUGCUCUUGUAAGAGUGAUUGCUAUAACAGAGUCAGCCAAAAAGGGAUUCGGUAUGAUCUAGAAGUCUUUAAAACCGAAGGCAAAGGGUGGGGCGUCCGAUCAAGUAACUUCAUACCCCAGGGGAGCUUCAUUUGUGAAUACAUUGGUGAGGUUGUUCAUACCUCUGAAGCAGAACAACGAGUUACAUCGGAUGACUACCUCUUCGACCUGAACGUUCCCCAAAGUCAGAGCAAGCGCUUUGGGGAUGUUUCAGGUCUUGUAGAAGACGUCAGUGAUUCGGGUGACGAGAGUGAGAAAGACUAUAAAACUUACGACAGCUGGACGAUUGAUGCACGGCAGUACGGGAACGUGGCAAGAUUCAUCAAUCAUAGCUGUGAUGGGAACCUUUUUGUGCAGUGUGUGUUCUAUGAGCAUCAUGACAUGCGGUUCCCGCACAUCAUGUUGUUUGCUAUGGAGAAAAUCAGUCCCUUCAAGGAGCUCACUUAUGAUUACGGGGAGGAGCCAGUAAUGAAAGGGCCCCAAGCCCUUUAAUGUUCUUUAGUGUAACGAAUUAAUGGACAACUUUUUGAGGAGGGUUCGCGUUUAGCUGCAGGAGUAUGCCAGGGUUGUUGUAUAUAAAAGAUCUAAUCCAACCUGGAAGGUAAAAAUUCAGAUUUCCUGAAGUCAUCCCGUUUGAGGUUCACAGAUUAUUCAAGAAGUUUCAAAGAGGUUUAAUCCUCUGACAACCUGGGAUUCUGCAAACAACUCUCGGUAAUAUCUUCGCUUUAAGAAAAUGUGAAGUUCUCAAGAUUGACACCAAUACGUGUCCUUAACUUUGACGUCAAAUACAGUUACUUCAAGUACCAGCGUAAUGUCAUGAAAGUUCCCAUGCAUUGCGGCGCAUGAACAUAAUUACGAAACUGGUAAAACGUGCUAGAUAACUGGUUCUGUCGGGGAUCAUAGCUCCCCCUUCCACUCACUCUCAAAUUGGGAGAGAAAGUCUUCCAUGAACUUGUGGCGACCAUCUGCCCGUCUUCUGCCUG